CUGAAUGCACCUACCUCUGUGCUGGAUCACUUUGAGCGAUCUCCGUCCUGCAAUCCGGCCAGUAGAGGCAGACGUGUAAGAGGCUGUCUUGCUUUGUGUGCUCCCCCUUUUCUGCCUGUGAUGGAUUCAGUGGACAACUUUACUCUGUCCAAUACGCCGUCACGUGACGAGGAUGCAAAAUCUCAGUCAGUCAUAUCACGCUCCAGAUCGCCAUCAACUAUGAGCGACAUUGAACCUGGUGAGACUACAGAUCACCCUCCUCGCUCAGUACAGACACCAACAUUUAGGUCUUCUUACCUGAGCUCGGGCUCCUCCACACCUAAGCCCAAAGCUCACCAAUUUGUUGUGAAGACCUUCAGCACGCCAACAAAAUGCAACCAAUGUACAUCACUGAUGGUGGGUCUGAUCCGACAGGGCUGCACCUGUGAAGUGUGCGGUUUUUCUUGCCAUGUAACUUGCGCAGAUAAAGCACCCUCAGUGUGCCCCAUUCCUCCUGAACAGACCAAGGGACCACUCGGCAUCGACCCUCAGAAAGGCAUCGGAACGGCGUAUGAAGGACACGUUCGAGUGCCCAAGCCAGCAGGAGUGAAGAAGGGAUGGCAGCGAGCCCUGGCAGUUGUCUGUGACUUCAAACUCUUCUUAUAUGAUAUUCCAGAGGGGAAAACCUCUCAGCCUUCUUGUGUGGUGAGCCAGGUCAUUGAUAUGAGAGAUGAGGAGUUUGUUGUCAGCUCUGUCCUGGCCUCUGAUGUCAUCCACGCCAAUCGCAAAGACAUUCCUUGCAUUUUCCGAGUAACAGCUUCUCAGCUCUCUACAUCCAGUAACAAGUGCUCCAUCUUACUCCUGGCGGAUAGUGAAAGCGACAAGAGUAAGUGGGUGGGGGUACUGAACGAGCUGCACCGCAUUCUGAGGAAGAACAAGUUAAAAGACCGAUCGGUCUACAUGCCUAAAGAAGCCUACGAUAGCACACUGCCACUCAUCAAGAACACCCAGUCUGCUGCCAUCCUCGAUCAUGAAAGAAUAGCACUUGGAAAUGAAGAAGGGUUAUUUGUUGUUCAUGUCACCAAAGAUGAGAUUAUCAGAGUCGGGGACAACAAGAAAGUUCAUCAGGUGGAGCUGAUUCCACAAGAGCAGCUCAUUGCCGUAAUUUCUGGAAGAAAUCGUCAUGUCCGCCUCUACCCCAUGGCCUCCUUGGAUGGCAGAGAGACUGAGUUCUUCAAGCUGGCUGAAACAAAGGGCUGCCAGGGCAUUGCAUCUGGUCAGGUGCGGCAUGGCGCCCUCACCUGCCUGUGUGUGUCUAUGAAGAGGCAGGUACUCUGCUAUGAACUUAACCAAAGCAAGACCCGCCACAAAAAGAUCAAGGAGAUCCAGGUCCCGGGCAACGUCCAGUGGAUGGCCAUAUUUAAUGAGCGUCUGUGCGUGGGUUAUCAGUCAGGCUUUAUCAGGUACCCGCUGCAUGCAGAGGGAAGUCCUUCCAGCCUCCUUCACAAUGAUGACCACACGUUGUCCUUCAUUAUGCAGCAACCCACGGAUGCCAUAUGUGCGGUGGAGAUCUCAAAUAAAGAAUACCUGCUGUGUUUUAGCAGCGUUGGGAUUUAUAUUGAUUGCCAGGGUCGGAGGUCACGGCAACAGGAGCUGAUGUGGCCGGCGGUUCCUAUAUCUUGCUGCUACAAUGCCCCGUACCUCUCUGUUUACAGUGAAAACGCAGUUGACAUUUAUGACAUCAAUUCCAUGGAGUGGAUUCAGACCGUUCCAUUGAAAAAGGUGCGUCCAUUGAACACAGAUGGCUCUCUCAAUCUUCUAGGAUUGGAAACUGUACGGCUAAUCUAUUUCAAAAAUAAAAUGGCUGAAGGGGAUGAGCUGGUAGUUCCUGAGACGUCAGACAACAGCCGGAAGCAAAUGGUGAGGAACAUCAACAAUAAACGGAGGUACUCCUUCCGUGUCCCAGAGGAGGAGAGAAUGCAGCAGAGGAGGGAGAUGUUACGAGACCCAGAGAUGAGAAACAAACUGAUUUCCAACCCCACAAACUUCAACCACAUAGCACACAUGGGUCCCGGUGACGGCAUCCAGAUCCUGAAAGAUCUUCCUAUGCCGAGGUCCCCUUAUCCAUCCCCCCUCCGCCAUCACUCCAGCCUGAUCUCCACUCCGAGCAACUUUGAGCACGUCUAUCACAUGACUGUAAACUCUGCUGAAAACUUCCUGUCCUCCGAACCCGCACACCCUGCCUCUUCCUCCUACUCCUCCCCGUCUCUCAGUAGCACCCCUGCCAAUCACAGGAAUCCCCGGAGCCAGGACAGUCGGUCGAUGUUCAGUGGUUCUGUCAGUAUUCCGUCAAUCACCAAGUCGCGCGGCGAGCCCGGCCGGUCAAUGAGUGCCAGCAGUGGCCUCGCUGCAAGGUCCUCACAAAAUGGUAGUGCGCUACGGCGAGAAUUCUCGGGAGGGAGUUACGGAGUGAAACGGCAGCCUAUGACGUCGCCGUCUGAUGGGUCUCUAUCUUCUGGAGGACUUGACCAAGGAAGUGACGCCCCAGCUCGGGAAUAUGAAAGAGAGGACUCGGACUCGCCAAGACAUUCGACGGCCUCCAACAGCUCCAACCUCAGCAGCCCACCGAGCCCAGUGUCCCCUCACAAAACCAAGAGCAGUUCCUUAGAAAGUUCGGACCAUGUCAGCUGGGACGCAUGA